GAAAAUAACAAUAUGGCGGUCGUGUUCUCAAAAUUUGACAGUUUUUGUCAAAAAAGGAUUGCUGUAAGCCGCAAGUUAUGAAUUAGGCCUCAUAUACGGGAUUCGGUGACUUCUGCACCAUCAUAUAUCAUAAAAAAAUGGAAAACUUAAAGCAUCCCCAACUGUUCCCUUGUGCCUCGAGAGUACAGAUUCCUCACGUCGGGGCAGACGAGCGAGACUACCAUGAUGCUACGGUUCUUCCGGAAGUAAUCCGCCUUAAGGGAAGAAGGUUCCAUGCUGAUGUAACAGAUGGCUAUCUAAAGAAUGUCAGUGAGAGUUUGGCUUUUGAUGAAGAUGUUGUCAGGGAUCGUUGUUUUCAUCUCUUGCCCUACAGUGAUAAGUAUUUCCUCGAAGCAGUUGAUCCUUCAAGUGUCGUCAAACCUCGGCCUAAACCCACUGGACCUACUGGACGCUGUGACAAGAGGGGAACUGAUAAUAGACACAUGCCAUGCCAUAUAAAAAAGACAGUUGCUCAUAAAUUGAAACCUAUGCGGAGAAGAAUUAUGGAAAGGGCUGUUCAAAUGCACAAAGAUGCCAUGUUGAAGGAAUUCCAAGAAUCUGUUGAGCAAGUUGAAGAUACCAUCGUCAAACCGUCUGCUUUUUUGACUGAGGUUAAGGACGCGGUGCAGUUGACGAAGAAGAAGCCUAAAAGGAAGGUGGACUGGGAUGACGUCUUGAUAUCGAGGUUGAGUAGGAAUACAGCGCAGUGGCUCGUGCACCACAAAAUGUCUCCGUACGAUCCAAAGUAUCAGAAGUUUGAGCGGUUGUUGCACGAUUGGUAUGGCGAGGCAACGAAUACUGAACUUGUCCGAGAUAGUGUGAGUGAGGCUGACUUUGCCUUGCCCAAGAAGAAGGACGAGAAGACGAAAGCUGAUGAGAAAAGUCCUUGGAAAGCAAAGAAAGAACAAGAAUUACUUGAACAAAUUCGCAUGCAGGCAAGAGAUUCAGACCGACCGACAGAUCCAUAUUCUGACGACACUUCAGCUGCAUUCUAUCGUCUCCCAACUGGUAUCAGGAAGCAACAAAAAUACAAGGAUAAGGUAGAAGCAGGUUUCUCUGAAAGUGAUCUAAAAUCUGGUGCUAUCAACAAGACCGCCCAUGCGAUCGAAGUCAAACCACGCCAGUUCUCGCCACCUCCCACUCUUCGUGACCACAUGAAUGAGCACAUCGGGGACAAAGCACUCGAUACCGACAACUUAUUUCAACAGGAAAGGCUCACAGGUAAAAAUCAGAUCCACAAUCUCGAUGGACCCGAUGACAUCAUCCUGAUGGAGACGAACAAUAAAUACAGGAAGCAUCUCCAGCAGCAAUAUCCUCAGGAGCCAGAAGGAUGGUACAGCGAAGGAGAGGAUGAUAAAAAGAUUGAUGCCAAGAAGAAAGACGAGAAGAAGGGCGGGAAACGCAUCGAGAAGGGGCUUCAUCGGUGGAGGGAGCUACCAGAGUUGAUUGACGAGAGUGCUGAUGUGCUCUACAAACUAGGUCCAGGGAAUGAGAUCGACUAUCAGAAGAUAUCAGACCCAUCCACGAGAAAGAAGGCAAGAAGCAAUUUGUCUCUGGUUAAAAUCAUCGAUGACUGGAGAGGCAAGUGGUUUCUGAAUCAACGAUUUGCCGAUGCGACCACAUCUGACCUCAUACGCGACAUGGGCGAUAUCCAUUCACAUAUACGACUGAAAGCCAUCAUGACUGUCGCCAGGGCAGCUGAUUACCGCCCUCCGCCGGAGAUGGGGAUAAAUUUGGAGAAAACGGACGAGAUCGACUUCAUUGAACAGCUUCCCGAUAGGCUGGUCAAGGCAAUACGAUGUCUCCUCACUGAUGAUCAUCCGAGGGUCCGUCUUGCUGCUGCCAUUACGCUCUUCACUAUCAAGAAACCUCAUCCAAAGGCAGAGGAGUUGUUACGUACAGCCCUCAGAAGCAACAGUACCGUUGACCGAUGGGCGGCUUCUCAGUGCCUAGCACACUGUGGGGUGUGUGACUCGGAAGUGGCGGGGGAGCUUAUCAAUCAGUUGAUGACGUCCGAAGAUGCGAUCCGUCAUGAGCAGGCCACGCAUCUUCUGGCUUUGCUAAGCCAAGAUAUCGCUAACUCACAACUUGUUUACUCGAUGUUGGCUGAACAGCUCAACAGCAGCAGCUGGCGUCACAAGGUGAUUGCCUGUAAAGCCAUCCCUGUCCUUAAUGGAACUAUAAAUAAGGACAUAGCCCACAAGCUUGCUGAAGUCAUGUGGUAUGACUGGCAUGGUGAGGUAAAGAAAGCUGCUGCCCAGUGUCUUGGGAAGACAGGUCACGGCAAGGAGGUCCACGAUGACCUACAGGAGCGCAUCAUAAAGGGUGGAGAAAGAGUUCGCGCCGAUGCUAUUGGUCGUCUCGGGCAUUUAGGUAUUAUGACAGCAAAACUCUUGCCGAUCUUCCUGAGGUGUUUUGAGGACAGCUACGUGUCCGUGAGAGAACAAUGUUGCAUAACAUGUAGCAAUCUAAAGAUAAAGGACGACGCCGUGCUCUCUAAAUUGGUGGAUCUCGCCAGCUUUGAUCCGAUAUGGAAAGUCAAGGCGUUAGCUUUGCAGGCUCUUGGUAAAAUUGAUGUACUAAACGACGAGAUUCGGGAAUGCUUGCUGUGGGCCCUGCGUUAUGAAACUGAGGCGGCAGUGCGGGCCGAGGCAUGUCACGCCAUCACCGCCCUUGACAUGCGUGAGGAGGAGACGGCAGAGAUACUGCAAGAGAGAUACCUUGUCGAGUGUAGUCAGCUGGUCAAAGAGGAAAUCACUGAAGCUCUGAAAAUGUUUGACAUCAGCCCAACUGAAGACAUGGACACAGUCGCCCAGAUUAAGGAGGAGGUCCGCAAGCUCUGCACGCGAAACAACAUCUGUGCUCAGAUCACUACUAAUGAACAAAAUGAAGAACAUGAAGAGAACUUGAAGAGGUUGAUCCACCGGCCGAAAUCUGGCGAGAAGAAGGACGAUUCUCAAUCAGCAACCGCAACAUCAGGCAGCACAGGCAGCACAGGCAGCCCAAGUUACAAAGUGCGCUCCGCAGGAAGUAGAACACCCGAAAGCAUUCGAGAGGGCAACGUCUUCACGCCAACUGCAGAAAACGAGUUGGAAGCCAUCUUGGAAAAAGACGAAACCAUAGAAUCGGAACCGAGCAAGUCACCUAUGUCGCCACUUGAUGUUGACGAGCCUGAAGUAUUUGGAAGGGAGACGCGGUCAAGGGAGACCAAGUCACGUCCGUUAACGACCUCAACAGAAAUGACAAUUUCGGAGACACCAACUGAUGGUGCCGAUUACUCGGACUCCGAGUCACUCUAUCGGCCAUUUUCUGGCGUUUCCACAUCAGGGAAGUCGCACGACUCUGACCAACAGGUUGAUCCUGACAGGCAGAGCAGCAAACUUCAGUUCGUUCAGUCCUACAUUGAAGCCGGGACGCCCGGUGGUUUUGGGCGGCGUUCGAGAUUUUUGUCGUCUUUGACACCUAGGGGUUCCACGAGGGAACGGAAUACCCCAAAGAAGACUGUGUUACACUUUCGUUAUGAUAUGGAGAAUGUGGAUAGUUUGGUAGGGAUAGAUCUGUCUGACCCAAACGCACCGCAGAAAACUCCAACACCUACCAAGGCAGGAAAACCUGCAAUGAUUGAUCGAAGUCUCCCCAGAUUUGAUCCUGGGGCGGCUGAUGAGAUUGUUCAAGUUGACAGUGAGGGUUCUAGUGUGCCGUCCAGCGUAGAUGAUCCGAGUGAGGUCAUAGCCGAACCACAGAAUGACAUCGAUGAACUCAUUGCUGAUGUUGUUCUUCGUGCAGUGGAGAGUUUGCAAGACAGUAAUGCAGCAUCAGAGGAUAUGAAUGCUGGGGAGAAAUCUGAACUGGAACAAAUUCAGUUCGAUCAACAGACAAGAGCAUUAGAAACUGAAUCGAAUGAGGCAUCCGAAUUGAAAUCGGACGAGAAACCAUCCGAAACAAUGGAUGCUCCACCAUCCGACACAAAAAUGGAUGGAAAUUCUGACACUGGUUCUGCUGUAGAAGUUGGAGACGAAAAUGGCACACUGGUUGAAGGGAUUGGAGAGGGUAUGAGUCAAUCUGAUGGGGACGCUUGUCUGUCAGAGUCGAAGAAAGACAGAGAGUCAACGAGGCGUGUCCCAGAAAGAUUGAAAUCUGAGAUUACUGUGAUUCUUGAAGAUACCGAGGGUAAAACCGACAUCAUUGUGUAGGUUGUUUCAGAAAGAAUCUACUCAUGUGUCUGUCCUUUUUAAAUAUAUCUAUCUGUAACAUGUAACUGUAAGUGCCUUGAGAAUGAGAUGUUGAUAAUUUAGGGAUCGUGACAGAAGAUAUUGAUAUUUUUGUUUCUGAUCUUUUUGAAUUGUGCCUGAAAUAUUUUGACAUCUUUAUGUCUUUUGAUUAAAAAAUCUGCAGCUUAAACCAUAUCCGUCCUAAAUUAAUGAUAGAAUAGAAACAUUAAAUUAUGUCGUGCAGCGAUAUGUUUGAAUGGUAAGUGCUUUAUGAAGAGCUUAAUUUUGUAUAUUUGUUUUAUUUUUUAGUGUAUAUUUUGUAAAUACAUAUAUUAAACAUAAAAAUAAUAUCUUGUACAAAACAGGAGUACGUAAAUUGAAUAAAUGGAGACAAUUUAAUGUAAAUUUAAGAUUUGAUUCGUCAUUUUAUGUUCAGACUA